GAGUCAGGAUACCAACACAGACGAGGAGGAGGGAGACAUAACUCUUGUGCUGCCUGGAGCGACUCGUCUCAAGUGAGCAGCCCGGACCGAGAGGGAACCUUUACCAUUGUGGACUCUGGUCAUGGAGAUUCCUUGUCUGUUUCUACUGUGGAGGUUCCACUGACUCCACGCAGCCACAACCCUGCUGCCUUACUUCCCAUGCACCUCUAUCAGCUUCCCCAGCCUCUACGAGUGGCCUUUACGGCCUCUCGCACUGCCAACUUCGCUCCCGGCAACCUGGACCAGCCGAUAGUGUUUGACCAGCUCCACAGCAACCUUGGCGAGAUGUACGACGCMCACAUUGGCCGCUUUACUUGUCCGGUCAACGGGACAUAUGUCUUUAUCUUCCACAUUUUGAAGCUUGCCGUUAGCAUUCCUCUCUAUGUUAACCUAAUGUGCAACGAGGAGGUGAUGGUGUCUGCAUAUGCCAACGAUGGAGCCCCAGAUCACGAGACCGCCAGCAAUCAUGCCAUCCUGCCCCUGUUCCAGGGAGACCAUGUGUGGCUCCGGCUGCAUCGUGGUGCCAUCUAUGGCAGCACCUGGAAGUACAGCACCUUCUCAGGUUUCCUGCUUUACCAGGACUGAUCUGCUGAAUGUCCAGACAGUGGCAUUUUUUGGUGGUGGGAAUGGUGUGGUACACUUCAGACCAAACUAACACUAAAACGUUUGAGCAAUGGAAGUGGUUCCUUGUGCUUAAAUAAAAGAUGAGCAGUGAAGUUUGA